GCAGCAUCUGGGUGGGACCUAGUGCUGCCAACAGUCUCUUAUUACAAGGGACCCGGCCCGGCUCAGCACCGGACCUGGCUACCCACAGCUCAGCGCCCUGGACAGGACCCGGCCCGGCUCAGCACCGGAACUGGCUGCCCACUGCUCAGCGCCCUGGACAGGACCCGGCCCGGCUCAGCACCGGAACUGGCUGCCCACUGCUCAGCGCCCUGGACAGGACCCGGCCCGGCUCAGCACCAGAACUGGCUGCCCACCGCUCAGCACUGGGGGAGGUACCAGAGGCAGGGGCACAGUGGCAGACGUGCCAGCUCCUGCCCUGCGGAGAAAUGUCUGGCCAGAAGAGGAUGUGGCCGGACUGGCCUGACAGCGCCUGGGAGCCGGUGCCACCGAAAGAUGCCCGGCUCUCCCCGGAGCCAGGGCCCAGCUGGAGGACGGAUCCUUGCACCAUCCUCACUGACUUGGGAGAGCUCUGUGACCACAGCCCCCAGCAACUCCUACCCUUCCUGCUGGACCACGACUACCAGCUGGAGCAGGUCGUGGAGAGCCCCGGCCUGAGCCCCGCCAGGGUGUAGACGCUGCUGUGGGCCCUGAAGGUGGUGGUGGAGCGCGCUGGUGAACCGGAGCAGGUCCAGCCGGUCCUGGCCCUGGCGCUGAGACCAACUUUUGUGCUUAGGACCCUGCUGGGCUUCAUUGUCGAGCUGGAGAGCAUCCAGCACCAGGAUGGGCAGAUCUCCCAGGAGGUGAUGGAGGACACGGUGGCUGCCCUGCACCAUCUGCUGACGGCGUCCCCCGAGCAGACAAAGACCCUGCUCUGCUACCCUGUGGACCUUCUCUUCGCCACCGUCCAGAGACUCCAGCGCCGCGGCUUUCAGUUUACAUGGAUCAUCCAGAAACGGCUUCACGACACCAAGAGCCUGGUGGACUCGGCCUUCCCGCGGUGCAGUGCGCCCCUCGCCUCGACAGCCUGGCGGGAGGAUUUCCACGCCAUCCCCAUCUUCCCAACCCCGGAGGAGAUAUUCGUCGACCCUGGGCAGAAGCUGAAGCGCAACCUCCCCGUUGGGAAGUACGCGAGUGACGCGGCCUACCUGGACACGCACUUCCGCCUGCUGCGGGAGGAUUUCGUCCGGCCCCUGAGGGCCGGGAUCUUGGCUCACUUCUCCCUGCAGAACGUGUUCGGGGGCGCUGGGAAGCAGAGGGGGGCGCUGCGGCUCUAUAGGAACGUGCAGCUGGUGAAGGUGGGCACCUCCCCAGCUGGUGCCAUGUACAUGGCCAGGUUCCAGGCCCCGCAGGGCUCCGCCCACACUUCCUCCAAACGGCUGCUGAGCGGCUCCCUGACCUGCCUCAUCUCCAGUGACUGUGGCCAGGUGUUGUUUGGGACCGUGGUGGGGGGCAACAGGCCUCAGCUCCUGAAGGGGGCCGUGUGGUUGGACAUUAAGGCAAACCACAGCGAUCUCCUGACAAGGCACCUGGGGAAAACCAACUUCAUCAUGGUGGAGUCGCCGGCCUUCUUCGAGUCCUACCGGCACGUGCUGGAGGGGCUGCAGGAGCUGGACCCCGCCCGGGUGCCGUUCCAGAGCUACGUCGUGCAGUGCCGCACCCCCGUUGCCCCACCCGUGCACUUCGGAGAGGGCGUGACCUUUGACCUCUCUGUUCUGCAUCCCACUGGGCGAGCCGACAAAGAGCCCAAGGGGGACACAUCUGAGGUAGGUCUGGGGUAG